AUGGCUACCAGACAACCAGCUCGGCGCCUUGCUACGCACCUUGCUUCUCCUUCUGUACGCUUCUUACGAACUCAAUCUGCCUCUACGAGACGCUGGCUGUCUAGUUCCGCCGGUCCUAAAGCUUCUCGAUCAUCUUAUUCCAACUACUCCCCGCUGUGGCUCGCUGCUGUCGCCCUUGGUGUCGCCGCCCCCUUAGCCUACAAGAUGUCUGAUAUCGAACCCAUCAAUGCCGAUCCUUCAACCCUGGCCGACCGCGAUGCCCAGAAGAAGCGCGAGUCGGGUGUUAACGAGGACUCACCCAUGCGACUGCGAAUGGAAAAGUUUAUUCGGGAGCAACAAGCCCAGAUCGUAGCCGAGCUUGAGAGACUUGACGGCAAAAAGUUCCGUAAGGACGAGUGGGAGCGUCCCAACGGUGGAGGCGGCACGACCUGCGUUCUCCAAGAAGGAAAUGUCUUCGAGAAGGCUGGCCUUGGUGUUAGUGUUGUCUACGGCUCGCUUCCCAAGCCUGCCAUUGAGAAGAUGCGAGCCAACCACAAGACAAUGGAUCCCAACAUGGAAUCAAUCGACUUCUUUGCCGCUGGACUCAGCAUGGUUCUUCACCCUUAUAACCCUAUGGCCCCAACCGUGCAUCUUAACUACCGAUAUUUCGAAACGGCGAACCCUGACGGUACAUCUCAAGCUUGGUGGUUCGGCGGCGGUUGCGAUUUGACACCAUCAUACCUCUUUGACGAGGACGCUAUUCACUUUCACAAGACAAUCAAGACCGCUUGCGACGCCCACGACAAGGAAUACUACCCCCGAUUCAAGAAGUGGUGUGAUGAGUACUUUUUCAACAAGCAUCGUGGCGAGGCACGUGGUAUUGGUGGUAUCUUCUUUGAUGACUUGGACGAGACGGAGCGCGAUCGCGAGAACACCUUUUCGUUCGUCCAAGACUGUCUCAAGGCGUUCCUCCCCUCCUACAUUCCCAUCAUUGAGAAGCGAAAGGACAUGCCUUACACUGAGGCAGAGAAAGACUGGCAACAGCUUCGACGUGGCAAGUACGUCGAGUUCAACCUUGUCCACGAUCGCGGUACAGCAUUCGGACUUAACACACCCGGCUCAAGGGUUGAGAGUAUUCUCAUGAGUUUGCCAUUGACAGCUGGUUGGAAAUACAUGCAUGAGCCUGAGCCCAAGAGCAGGGAGCAGCGCCUUGUAGAUGUCCUCAGAGAUCCCAAGGAGUGGGUCUGA